UUCUCAGGGAAGAAAGUACUGUUUCUAAAUAAGCAGGCAGCCUCUGGGAGCACCUGCAUGGUAAGGGGAGCAGGGGAGCUGGCUGCAUCCAGUGACCAGGCAGAUGUGCUUGCAGCAGAGUUCCUUCCAACCUGCCCAGUUCCUACUGCUGGUGGGGGUUCUGGUGGCAAGUGUCCUCCUUCUGGUGCAGUGCCUUCGAUGGCACUGUCCUUGCUGGACGCUGCAGGCUUUCUGGAAGCUGGAUAGGCAAGAGGAGCCAGUGUCUGAACCCCUGCCCCUACCAGAAAGCGAGUCCUCAAGGCCAUGCCCACCAGCCACCCUGUCGGAGAUGGCUGCUUUCUACCAGGAACUGCACAUGCCCACCAAGGGCCACACCGUCAUCCGUCAGCUGAUGCACAAGCUGUUAGUAUUUUCAGCUCGAGAGGUGGAUCACCGGGGCGGCUGCCUGAUACUCAAGGACACAGGCAUCUCCCUGCUCAUCCCGCCAGGUGCUGUGGCUGUGGGUCGCCAGGAGCGGGUGUCACUGAUCCUGGUGUGGGACCUGUCGGAUGCCCCAUCACUGUCCCGAGCCCAGGCGCUGGUGAGCCCCGUGGUGGCGUGUGGACCCCACGGGGCCUCCUUCCUGAAGCCCUGCACCCUCACCUUCAAGCACUGUGCACAGCAGCCCGGCCACACCCACACCUACAGCAGCGACACAAACCUGCUCGAAGCUAAGGCCUGGAAGCCCCUGGGACAGUCAGGGGCCCACACUUCCCUGGACGAGUGUCGCAUCAGCCUCUCCCACUUCAGCCUCUACACCUGUGUGCUGGAGGCACCAGCAGGCCAAGAAGCUCGAAAGUGGCUACAGCUGGCAGUGUUCUGCUCACCACUGGCACCAGGGCAGACCCACCUGCAGCUGCGUGUCUACUUCCUCAACAACACACCUUGCGCCUUGCAGUGGGCCCUGACCAAUGAGCAGCCCCAUGGUGGCCGCCUGCGUGGGCCAUGCCAGCUCUUCGACUUCACUGGGGCCCGAGGGGACCAGUAUCUAAAGCUCAAGUACAUCUCUGAGGGUUGGGAGAAUGUGGAUGACAGCAGUUGCCAGCUAGUUCCCCAUCUCCACAUCUGGCAUGGAAAGUGCCCUUUCCGCUCCUUCUGCUUCCGGAGAAAAGCAGCCAAUGAGAAUGAGGACUGUUCAGCACUAACCAAUGAGAUCAUUGUCACCAUGCACACCUUCCAAGAUGGCUUGGAGACCAAGUACAUGGAAAUCCUCAGAUUCCAGGUAUCAGAGGAGGAAUCCUGGGCAGUGCCACCCCCUGUCUCCCAGCCGCCUCCAUGCAACAGGUUGCCCCCCGAGCUCUUUGAGCAGCUGCAGAUGUUGUUGGAGCCAAACAGCAUCACAGGCAAUGACUGGAGGAAACUGGCUGCUCACCUGGGGCUCUGCGGCAUGAAGAUUCGGUUCCUGUCCUGCCAGCGAAGCCCUGCGGCGGCCAUCCUGGAGCUGUUUGAGGAGCAGAACGGCAGCCUGCAGGAGCUGCACUACUUCAUGACCCUCAUGGAGCGGCUGGACUGCGCUUCUGUCAUCCAGAACUACCUGAGCCAGACGAAGGUCGACAGCCCAGCCCCGGUCCGCGGGAGCGCCUGGGAGAGCCAGGGCCUGGAGCUGGAGAUGGAGAAGCUCUGAGUGCCCAACCACCCGGGGUGAAGGGCGGUCCGCAGCACUCUACGAACAGGGGUGUGCCCGGACACCUAGGGAGAACAUAGCUGUUGUUCCUGGCUGUGCCCGCCGACCUCAUCAAAAUCCCCACGCCUAUGGCCACUGUGAGGCUAGACUGCCAUCACCCGCCAGCCUCUCAGGAUCAGGAGCUCCCUUGUGAUCCGCUUUGUCCUGCAUGCAGAUCCCCUCCUGGACGGCAGGGGGCGCAGGAGGACGGGAGAUGGCCUCACUUGGCUGCGCUUGGGGAAAGCUAUUUAAUAGACCAAUGGACUGCUAGGUUGCGGUGUUGGCACGCCUGGGGGACUGGUCAGCUCACAGUUCUCACCGAGCACCUCGUGAUACCCAAAGUUGGAUUGGGUAUCAUGCGGAAUCUUGGAAUAAAUGAGAGAAUUAGGAGACUUGACAAGCCUACAGUUCUCUCGUGGGAGUCAAGAUGGGCUCGUAGAAGCUGAGGGCAAACUCUAAAACAAUGCAUGCAGGGUGGGGGAAAAGCAGCUUUACAGUUGUGAGUAGCGGAAGAGUUUACUCUUGUGUUAUUAUUUAUUAGUUAUUGUAUUAUUUUCCCUAGGAACAACCGUAAACCUGCUUUCGCCCCACCCUGUGUAUCCUGUGAUUAGGGGAUGUGGGAGCGUAAUGAGCUGUACUGCUCCAGGGGUCGAGAAGAGAGGGAGCUGAGUAUGGGCUGGAGCAGUGAGGGUGCUGGACAUGUGAACCUGAUUCAGAGGCCUUUGGGUGGGGGGAGGGGGAGAUGGUGACUAUACUGAGGGUAGGAGCCAAGAGAGAGCACAGAGGGCUGAGGCAUUGAGGAGCUUGGCCUCAUGGGUGCGAGGUGAGGGUCCACAGGGGUUCAAGGCCAGAUCGAUCAUACCUAGCUGUCCACCUGUCUCCUUUGCCUUUCUUUGUCUUUUUAUCCUUGCCUUGUCUUUCUCUCUCUGCCGUUAUGUCUGUUAUAAAACAUCAAAGCUGAAAGGAAACUUCAAGAUUAUCAUUCUUGCCCAACCUUUUAUGUCUUUAUUUCAAACUGUGAGUUUUAAGUCUCAGUGACUUCAUUUUGCUGCCACAAUCUGCUGCAGUCCUUCAUCCCUGAAUCUGUCUCUCUGUGACUCUGUGUCUUAGCAUCUUCUUUUCUCUACUUUGUUACUGCAUCUGCCUUUGUGUGUUUCAUUCUCUGAAACCCUCUGUCAUUCCCCUCAAGCAAGUGUUUCUAAAACCAAUGUUAUAUAUCAAGGGCUACGCAAAGACACUGGGCUACCCUAGGAAUGGAUGGGUGGGGAUUUGACCUUAUGAAUCAAGAUCCAGUUUAGGGUCAGGAAACAAAGAGAUUAAAGAACAACCCCCUGCCCCCAGUCAAACAAAUAUUUUAUUCAGCACCUACUAUGUGUUAGACACUAUAUAGAAAAGAAGUUGAUAGCUGGGUCCUGAAGAGGGAACAAAGAGUUUGACUUAACUCUAGCAUUCUUUUGUUUGCAAACAGGUGUUAACUUUUUCAAGGGCAGGUGAACAAUCUCUUUGGCAACAUUAACAAUUUGCUUCUGUAUUUAAUUUAAAAACAUUAAGCCUU